AUGAAUAAGGACUUACAAUUUUUAUGAUGGGAAGAAAGGGUUGAAAGUGUAUAUAAGCAGUUUUUACAAUUCUCAAACUUCGUAUUGGCAAUUACUUUUAUAAUAAAUGCUUUCAAGACUUAUUUCUAUCCCUCUGAGUUUCUAUUUCAAGUUUUAUUCCCUCAAACUUUGCUUCAUACUGUGAUAACAUUUACAAUGAAACGAUUUGGCCGUAGAUCAUUAUCAUGAAGAGUAGGGAUUCUGAUAUUUACAACUGAGUAUUGCAAUGCUUUCCUAUUAUAUAACUCAUGGACCGUUGACCAAGCAAACUUAGGGAUUCUUGAAUUGAUCGCAUUUUUGGUGACAGUGGUUUUUGAACUCCCGAUAGUUAAAAACAAAUGGAUACUGAAUCUGCUGGUUUUCAAGCACUUAUAUUUAUGGCAUAUUCAUGGCAUGAUUUUUGGUAACACAACUUCUAAAGAAAUUGCUUCUUCAUAUAAUGCCGUUAUAUUGGUUUUUGCAUUUUGUAAUAUGGGCUAUCACCAAGUUUCCAAUGCCUCCUAUACCCGCUACUCCUAUCAAAAAGAAUUAGAAAAUUCCAAAAACAGGCUUCAUGCUAUAACUGACGCAUUUAGUGAUGGAAUUAUGAUUAUUUCUCAUCAUUAUGAAAUUAAAUUUUAUAACCAAUGCACUCUUGAGCUGCUUCAAACAUCUGGAGAACGUCUGAGUUCUGCAUUAUAUAAUAUUGAAUAUUUAAAAGGUAAAAAAGUUUCAAGAUUUAAUAAUUCCAACAAAUUAAUAGAAGACAUCUGCUUUUUGCUUGAAAAUCAUGACCAUGUGGAUACAACUCUAGGAGUUACAUUAAUUGGAAAUACUCACUUGGAAUGAAAAGCGAAAAUAAUUGAAUGAGAAAAUGCGCCAUCUGUAUUUCUGCUGAUAAGAGAUAUUAAUCAAAUAGUGAAUUUAGAAGCAAGUAUUGCAAAUGAUAAAAUGAAAACUCUUUUACUUAGAACAGUUUCGCAUGAACUAAAGACUCCUCUGAACUCAAUUAUAUAUUUUACUGAAGAUUUGCUGGGAAAUAUAACUCAUUUAUGUUCUGAAGAAAUAGAAAAAUUAAAAAUUGUUUCGAUUUCAGCUCAAAUGAUGCUUUUACUUGUAAAUGAUUUAUUGGAUUAUUCGAAAAUUUUAGCUGGAAUCUUUUCAAUCCACAAAUCGUUUUGCUCAAUAAAAGAUAUCGUAGAAAAUUCAGUAAGCUUAAUCAGACUGCAAGCAACAAAAAAAGGAAUAUCAGUUAUAUCUAGAAUUGACCCUUUGUUAUCAGCAGGCAUCUAUACAGAUCCAUUAAGAUUCAAACAGAUAAUUAUCAAUUUAUUAAUAAAUGCUUUAAAAUACACGGUGAAAGGAAAAAUAGAAAUUUGUUGUGCGUGCUGCAAUAAAUAUAUAUUUUUUUCAUAUAUAAUAAGCAAAAAUCAGCAUAAUUCCAGAAUGCAGAUCCAUAUUAAAAAUUAUUCAUACGUAUAAGGUAUAAAUUAAAAUGUUAUAUCGAAGAUACAGGUGUAGGCGUUGAAGAAGGCUCUAUAAAGCUGUUAUUUUCCCGACAUAACUCAAGCUAUAUUCCAGAUAUCCAUGAGCAAGGAUAUGGCUUAGGCUUAGGAAUUGCCAACCUACUAGUAAAACAAUUAGGAGGCAAAGGAAUCAAAGUUAAAUCAGUUCUUGACAAAGGGUCAAUGUUUUAUUUUAAAAUAGACAUUUCUCAAGAAAUACUAGAAACUGAAGCUUUAGAGUCUUUAAAAAAUGAUGUAGGUAAUGAUAAUUUUGAAAAUUUAAUACCUGAAUUAUCAUAUUUUGACUCAUUUAAAGACGUGCUUAUUGUUGAUGAUAUGGAAUUUAAUCUAGAAAUACUUGGAUCGAUUCUCAGGAAAUAUGGAAUUGGAUAUGAAGAAGCUCUUAAUGGGAGAAUUGCGAUUGAUAAAGUAAUUCUACAAGACGCGAAAUGCCAGCCUUUUAAAGUGAUUGUGAUGGACUGCGAAAUGCCUGAAAUGAAUGGCUGGGAGGCUACAAAAACGAUAGAAUGGCUUUAUAAAGAAAAAAAAAUUAAGAGCCUUCCCUGCAUUAUAGGCUACUCUGCAUAUAGCGACGAGGAAGAUGCAAAAUACUCUCUUGUAUGCGGAAUGCAGUGCUAUUUAACAAAACCAUGUGCGCCUGAAAAAAUUGUAAAUACAAUCAUCAAAUAUUUAUAA